AUGCAUGAAUUAGAAUGGAGUCGAGAUCUGCAAGAUAUUCUGACGACUCUGGACUUCAGGAAAAUAGGAGGAGCAUCAUAUAGACCAUGGAGGUUCACAAUGAUUUCGAGAUAUGAGAAUGGUAUUGACGAGUUGGAAAAAUCUACAAAUUCAAAUGUAGGAACGGGCCAGUCUGAUCUUGUCUGGUAUAAUCCACGCCUGGAGCAUAUCGUACCACAUCAGACAAAUGUGGCUUGUGCGAAAAAAGAAAAGCUUUUCGAAAAUUUCAAAAUCCUAUGCUUGUUUGGUCCGUCAAAGUGGCUUCGGAAAAUAUUUAAAGAAGGAGAUCCGCGUGCAUCCAAGUGCUUAGAUGGAUAUGAGGAAGAUAACGGAUUGUGUGUAAGAGCUGGAAAAAAAACACAAACUGGAACGGAUUUUACUACAAAUAAUCCAACAAUCCAAAAGCAAGAAAAUGAUCAACCAGGUCCAGAACAACUCCAAUUUAUACAGAAAUUGAAUGAAAAACGGCGAGAAUAUGCUGUAAAGUGGAAUAUUUCAAAUAUGCAUGAAUUGAGUUGGAAUGUCAAACCGAAUGAAACCUGGACCGAAUUCACAAUGGAGACUGGUGGCUUUGACGGAGAAUUGGUAGAGUUAAAACAAAUAAUUCAAGGAAACAAAAGUGUUGAACAUGGACUUUUGGAUCCUAUGAAAAUUAGAAUAAAAUGUGGUUAUGACGAUGAUAAUAACACCCGACUGUAUUGCAUUUUUGCACCAGGAAAUGCCACUACAAAAUACGAAGAUGGUACUCCUGGAUCAAAUUGUCUUGCUGGAUUCGAAAAUAAUCAUGGUUUAUGCUCUCGGGCCACAACGAAAGCCACCACAAGAACCACAUCUCCAGGCCGGAAUCCAGGAAAUUCUAUAGAAACGAGAACUCUACCGAAAGAAUUGGAGGAUUACGUGGAAGUGGAUGGAGAUGACUAUGAUGAGGAUUUUCCAACUGGAGAACCUCUCCUCGAUUCCGGAUCUUCGAAUUUUUUGCAGUUUUGGAUUACUGUACUUGUUGUUUUUGGUUCUUGUUUAUUGAUUUGA